AUGACGGUUGAGCGCAUGGUACGCAAAGCGCCUAAGCGCGCAGACAACUCAAAGCAUGAGUCCAAGAGGGCAUACAUCAAAAACGUAGCAAAGUAUACUCGCAGCCGAGGCGUUUCCAUCCGCGGAAUUCGCGACAAGAAGCUCAAGGGUUCGUUGCUGCGUGCUUAUGAAAAGCAAAAGCUGGCGGCUGAGUCCGCCGCCAAGUCCGAAAUCCUGCUUCCUGACCAAGCUGGUUUAUUGGAGGCUGAAGGUCUUGAAAAAACGUACAAAAUCACGCAACAACAGCUCGCAGAUAAUGUCGAUAUUAAUACCGCACGCAAGAUUUUUUGUCUAGACUUACCGGAUUACGGCUCAUAUCGCGUCAAGUACACGCGCAAUGGUCGCAACAUGUUACUUGGUAGUCAAAAAGGACAUUUGGCGCAAAUAGAUGCGCUACGUAUGAAACUCACGUGUGAAUUUCAUGCCAACGACCUUGUUCGUGACAUCAGCUUUUUGCACAAUGACUCUCUCUUCGCUACUGCGCAGAAGAAACACGUGUAUAUUUAUGACAACACGGGUGCCGAAGCACAUUGCAUUCGAACGAUUCCAGAACCUCGCAGGAUGGAAUUUUUGCCGUAUCAUUUCUUGCUGUCAUGUGUAAGUGGCAAUGGACUGUUGACUUACCACGAUGUGACGGUAGGAAAGCAAGUGUCAACACACCGCACGAAACAGGGGCUGUGUGAUACGAUGGCACUAAAUCCGUUUAAUGCCGUUAUUAAUCUUGGUCACGCAAGUGGAAUUGUAACUCUUUGGACACCAAAUAUGCCGGAUGCUGUCGUCAAGAUGCAGUGUCAUCAAGGACCGAUUCGCUCGAUGGGCAUUGAUUGCAGCGGAAAGUAUUUAAUUACCGCGGGGGCUGACAGAAAAGUCAAGGUCUUUGACAUGCGUAAAUAUCAGGAAUUAAAUAGCUACUAUCUUAGCGCGGCAGCCAACACUUUGAACGUGAGUCAGCGUGGCCUUGUGGCUGUGGGCUUUGGUCCAAACGUUCAUGUGCUCAAAAACACUUUUUCGUCCGGCUCGCCUAUCAGACCGUACAUGACAUACCAAAUCCCUGGCUCAAUGAUAAGCUCAGUCGCGUUCCGUCCAUUUGAAGAUGUGCUGGGUGUGGGUCACGCUGCGGGCUUCAACUCGAUAAUAAUUCCUGGUUCUGGUGAACCAAACUUUGAUACUUACGAGGCAAAUCCGUUCGAGAAUCAUAAGCAACGUGACGAGUCCGAGGUGCGCUCGUUGCUUGAAAAAAUUCGUCCAGAAAUGAUCACACUAGACCCAAACACCAUCGGUCGUGUGGACGUGGAUCCAGCUGAAGAACAAGAACAGAAGAUUCAGCAGAUGCAGCUUGCGAACGGGGAUGAUCCUGCGAAAAAACUAAAGAAUAAAAUGCGUGGUAAAAACCGCCCAUCGCGGCGAUUACGCAAGAAGCAACAAAAUGUCAUCGACGCACAGAGGCAACAACUUCGCGAGCAGCUAAUUAACAAGCAGAAACGUAAAGACCGACAGGAACAGCAGCGCGAGUGGAACAAGAAGGCUGAGAAAGCGCCCACGGCGCUGAACCGAUUCUUUAAGAAAUAG